AUGGAGGUGGACCUCACAGUGCUGUACCCUCCAGACUUGGUCUUAGAGGAUUUGCACCAGCUGCCAAGGGUGUCCUCUGUCCAGAUGGUCUUCCCACACAAGGUGGUGUCCAUCACUCUGAUGGUCCAGAUCAAUGGGAUUCCUCUUCAUUUUCAGCUGGACACAGAGUCCUUGACUACUAUUAUUGAUGACGACUCUCGCUGCCACUUGGGUGGUCUGACGCUCCAUCCAGUUCCUUGCCCCUUGAAGAGCUUUAGUAAUGACAUUAUCUGCAUGCAGGGGUGGUUCCUGGUGCAGGUGCAGUGUCCCUCUCAUGAUCUCACUGCCGGAGUUUUCAUCCUACUGGCCCCUACAGCCACUAAUCUGUUGGGGAUGGAUCUUUUUCAUUCUCUUGUCCUUGAGAUCCGUGAUUUGGCCCCAGCAGUCCAAACUGUGUCCCCUGACACUCUUUUACAGGAGCUUUUCGAUUUCUUCCCCGAUGUCUUCUCUGAUGCUUCUCCGGAGGUGUCCGAUUUAGAAGUGCAUGUCGAACUACUUCCCCUGCCGGUUCCCAAGUUUCACAAGGCUCGUUCAGUGCCUUUAGUUCUGCGAGACGCCCUACACAAGGAACUGAGUCACCUCGAGGAGGCAGGAGUGUGUGUCAUCCUCGAAAAAUUGAAUGGGUCCCUCCACAUAUGUGCCGAUUUUAAGGCCACUGUCAAUGCCCAGUCUAUCAUUGACUCUUACCCUAUCCCAAAGGCUGAUGAUAUUCUGUCCAAGUUGGCAGGUGGAAAGAUCUUUGCCAAGAUUGAUCUUAGGGAAGCAUACCUCCAACUGCUGGUCAACGCUCCCUUUCAAGAGGUCCUCGUCAUCAGUACUCCCUUUGCGCUCUUCUGGUACAACCACCUGCCCUUUGGGAUCGCCAGCACUCCAGCCAUCUUGCAACACUUUAGCAAUCUGAGAAUCUUCGAUGACAUUUUGAGGUUGUGCUGGCUGCAGGGUUGCAGUGCAACAGGGCCAAAUGUCAAUUUUUGUGCCACAAGGCUAACUGAUGAAGAAAUAGCAGAACUUUUGACAGUGGAAGAUUCAAAUGCUUUUGAAUUUGAACUGUCUGAAAAAGAAGAUGAGCUUGAUAUAGCUGUCAGAUUGUAA